GCGUCGCGUUGUCUUCCCACAGUCUUAACCUUGUACUCACCCUGCUUUUCUCUUACUUUCUUGGCUUCUGCUCUCCUACGGCUCUUAUCUCUCCUUAUAUGGGUACUGGAUCCAAGUCACGCAAGGGAUUAUCCUCAUCAGUGCGGGUGCGGGCUCCCAAUGGCUUUGGGCGGGUAGUACAGGAGGUCCGCCUCAACACACAAAUGGCUAAGCGAAGGGAGGAGAUCGCAAAGAAACGACGCCUUUAAGUACUGACCUUCACAAGCCUUGACCUUCGAGGAGCGCGAGGUUUUCUUCAAUGACAACGCGACCGAUGCUACACCUAUGGACAUGGACGAAGCCUUUGCAUUCAACCAUCUUCCUCCGGGUGAGGAGGGAUUCUUUGCUAGCAACGCUGGAGGGGAAGAAGAGCUUUGUCGUACCUUCUUCUUGUCCAGUAAUGACAGGAAGCGUAAGGAUGUCCGUACGCGGCGCGAUCGCCGCCUGUUGCAGAACAAAGAAUGGGACGAGCAGAUGUCGUCUCUCAUCGACGCUUUCCUAGACUGGCAGAUGGCUCCCUCAACGGAUGUUCACAGCACUGCGCAGUUCAAUGACUGGGAACUUACAACAGUCGACUUCUUCAGUAGAAAUCGCCGCCGCUUCAAUAGUGGUCCAUCGGUUGACCGCGCCAACGUGGUACUCAUCCGAAAUGGCUACAUUGGCAGCGCUCCCCGUAGUCCGACGGUGGCUAUUAGCCUUCGAGUGCUAGAGGCCUACCACGAAAUGCACGCGGCGUGUCCUCGCUUCAGUAUACAGGCACAAGUGCGUGCGCUGUGCCGUCUUCACAAGGUCCAUUACAUGAAAUAUCUGGCGUCGCAAUUCCGUAUUGCUUAUGACGUCUACCUUGCGAUUCGGCGGUGCGUCGAUGUUCGUGCCAACGCGGCGUUGCACCGUGACACACCAAACUGGCGCAUGAGGAACGCAUGCGCGCCGUGUCUGUACACGCUUGAGAACGAGGAUCCGCUGAAGUUUGCUCUACAGGUUACAAUGGAUGGGAAUCAAUCCUUGAAGCUCGUCGAUGACCACUUCCGGAGGGGGCCUUCGCUUGCAGACACUCGGAGUGGUAUCUCCGAUAUCUGGCUGACCCCCGCAGAAGUGGAUAUCUUCAAGAAUGAAGUGGGAAAGCCACAACAGGGCCAGCGCAACGCGGGCGACGCCCACGAUAUUGACGAUGAUAUUGACUGGGUCAAUAUUGCUGAUGAUACAGAUUCGGCCGAGGCGACGCUGACAACAGACGAAUGCGUCAAACGUUGGCGCAAUGCAGGACCAGAAGCUCGGAAGAAGAUGUUCGCUCUGUUCGCAGUAACGGGCGUUUUUGUAUGUCUCUGUCGCCAUGGGCAGCUUCUUGCAAUAUGCGACAUGAUCAGGAGUGGUGAACUGAUGAAGUACCCACUUGCCAUCGUUGACAAGCUCAUGCGGGUACUUGGGGUUACAGUCCAGGUUGCCUACGACAUCGCAUGCGCGUUCAUGAAGAUACUUGAACGGAGUUCGUUAGGUGACCGAGCACGACAACACGGGCUUCGCGGUAUCGUUCCGUCCUUUCACGGACAUGCGCACAAUCGCCUUUGCCAGGUAGACUGGCAUCCCCUCUACGUCGAUGGAUCAGGAAAAGAGGACUUUGAAGGUUGCGAACGAGUCUUCUCGCAGUCGAAUGCGUUAGCUUCGACAACCCGUUUUUCCUCACCCUUCCAUCGUCACCAAGCCAUUGACGAGUUCUUCAAGUCUUGGAGCUUCGUCAAGCACGCAGAAUUGGCCAACUUCAUCCACAACAACUACCAGCAAGCUCUCAAGAUCAUUGCAGAAGAUUCAGCUACUUUGAGGGAACUGUGCGUGCGACUGAGGCUCAAUGACGAAGACUUUGAGCGGUUUCUCCAGGAAGAACGAGCUUACCUGAGGAAUUUAGUGGCGGAAAGUCCAGAAGUAGUGCGCACAGUGGAUUAUAUGGAGGCACUGUUGCGGCUCGAUGGUGCAUCCGCUGAGUCUGAGCAUGCAAAGCGAGAGUACCAGAACCUGGACGCAAGAAUCAUCCGUGAAGGCCUUCGUGGAAGGGCUAUCACCAACAUCAAGACCCGCUACGUGACCACCUACACACGCUAUAUCGACCUUCAUGAGCACGUUCGUCGGAUUGAAGAAGUGCAUGGGAUUGUCGAGCGUUGGACGAAGGAUUCGGAAGAGUACAAGAAUGGCUUGGUGGUCCUGACCGAGAGAAAGUACAGAAAUGCGGUCGACACGUUGGAACGAUUAUUGCUCCAACGUCUCCUCGAGUUAACGAAGCUCAGUAUGAGCGGCACAGGUUACAAGAUGCGCGAGAAGAUCACAAAGGCACUAAAGACUCGAGCGACUGCAAUCAAGAGGGCCCUUGAAGAAUAUAACCGGCGUGCUGCAGAGCUCAACCCACCUCGACCCUCGCUUUCAUGGUCCGACGUCGUCGAUAUGGUGUCCGUUGCCGAGUUUGACCUCCUUCGUGAUGCUCGUCAAGAUGUACGUUCGCUGCCUUGGGCUCAACCUGCUCAACGGCGAGCAACAAAUUUAUACUUCAAUGUCAAACGAGCGGAGGAGGAAAUCAAACGCCUCAACAUCGAGGUUCGUCGACUCCUGACGCACAUGAUUGACGAGCAUGUGGACUACUAUCGAGCGAUACAAGACAACAUAGUAAUUCAUCCCCCACUGGCCCACGAACUAUCUCUCAGAUGGCAGUACUUAAAUGCUGUCAAUGCUGAGCUUGCCUAUCGCCUUCAACAGACGUCAGAACUGCCGGGUUUCACUGGUAGUCUUCAGACGGGUCGCGGAGUCGGCCGCAGUCCCAUACUGGCUGACGGGAUUCCACUGCCACCAUGGGCCUCAUUACAAACUCAACUUACAGAAGCCCCGGACGCAUCUGGUAAUGAGCUGGAGGAUGAGGAGGAGCUUGGCAUGGAAGGGGUUAGAAAUGAAGACGAGGCAAACGUGCUCAUAGACUAUAUAGACAGACUCGGACUACAUAGCGAAUAAAGAGGGUUUUAUGAACGCAUGUCCUCGCUCUUUUCGAGAUCAGAGAGGGGUAAAACAUACAAGCCGAGAUCG